GCGCCCGGGCUGGCCUCUCCACAGUUGCACCUGCACGAAGCUGUCUGACUCCCAGAGCCGGCAUCCUAGGAAAACUGACCACUCUGCAGAAGUUUCCAGCCAUCCCCAGUAGGCCAAGUGGAUCCUCCCGGCAAGUGUCCCUCAUUCCAACAGGAUGUCUCCUAAACCCCCAGGCUUCCGCAUCUGACCACAGAAUGAAGUGACCAACUCCACUCUGCUUCUGCCGCUCUGUUCUGGGGGACUUUGUCGGCCACUCUGAAUCUCCAAGCCAGGCUGGUUCCCUGCAUCCCUCAAAUGGCCUGUCUUCCUCUGUGACCACAGGGGAAGCCAGACCCUCCUCUGAAACCAUGGGCCCCUCCCGUCCUGCACCGCCGUCCUGGAGGAAGCUUGGCCUCUGGUGGCCCCUCCUGCUCCCGGCAGUGCUGGCGCAGCCUGGCUCCCGCACCCAGGCCGAGGACCGCCUCUUCAAACACCUCUUCGGGGGCUAUAACCGCUGGGCGCGGCCGGUGCCCAACACCUCGGACGUGGUGAUCGUGCGCUUCGGACUGUCCAUCGCCCAGCUCAUCGACGUGGAUGAGAAGAACCAGAUGAUGACCACCAACGUCUGGCUGAGGCAGGAGUGGAGCGACUACAAACUGCGCUGGAACCCAGCUGAUUUUGGCAACGUCACCUCCCUCCGGGUCCCUUCAGAGAUGAUCUGGAUCCCUGACAUUGUCCUCUACAACAAUGCAGAUGGGGAGUUCGCGGUGACCCACAUGACCAAGGCCCACCUCUUCUCCACGGGCACCGUGCACUGGGUGCCGCCCGCCAUCUACAAGAGCUCCUGCAGCAUCGACGUCACCUUCUUCCCCUUCGACCAGCAAAACUGCAAGAUGAAGUUUGGCUCCUGGACCUACGACAAGGCCAAGAUCGACCUGGAGCAGAUGGAGCAGACGGUGGACCUGCAGGACUACUGGGAGAGCGGCGAGUGGGCCAUCAUCAACGCCACGGGCACCUACAACAGCAAGAAGUAUGACUGCUGCGCCGAGAUCUACCCCGACGUCACCUACGCCUUCGUCAUCCGCCGGCUGCCGCUCUUCUACACCAUCAACCUCAUCAUCCCCUGCCUGCUCCUCUCCUGCCUCACCGUGCUGGUCUUCUACCUGCCCUCCGACUGCGGCGAGAAGAUCACGCUCUGCAUCUCCGUGCUGCUCUCGCUGACCGUCUUCCUGCUGCUCAUCACCGAGAUCAUCCCGUCCACCUCGCUGGUCAUCCCGCUCAUCGGCGAGUACCUGCUCUUCACCAUGAUCUUCGUCACGCUCUCCAUCGUCGUCACCGUCUUCGUGCUCAACGUGCACCACCGCUCGCCCCGCACCCACAGCAUGCCCCGCUGGGUGCGGGCGGCCCUGCUGGGCCGUGUGCCCCGGUGGCUGCUGAUGAGCCGCCCUCUGCCACCCUUGGAGCCCCACGAGUCCCCAGGCCUGAAGCUCAGCCCGUCUUGUCACUGGCUGGAGACCAGUGUGGAUGCAGAGGAGAGAGAGGAGGCCGAGGAGGAGGAGGAAGACAGAUGGGUGUGUGCAGGCCGCCCAGCCCCCUCCAUGGGUGUCCUCUGUGGCCGUGGACAUCUGUACCCAGGGACCCCAGGGCCCAGGGCAGAGCCUUCCUCUGGGGAGCGUGAGAUCUUGCUGUCGCCUCGCAUGCAGAAGGCCCUGGAAGGUGUGCACUAUAUCGCUGACCACCUGCGGUCGGAGGAUGCUGACUCUUCGGUGAAAGAAGACUGGAAGUGUGUCGCCAUGGUCAUCGACAGGAUCUUCCUCUGGCUAUUUAUCAUCGUCUGCUUCCUGGGAACCCUGGGGCUCUUUCUUCCUCCAUUCCUGGCUGGAAUGAUCUGAUGUCAUGUCCCUUGUGUUGGCUCCAAGGCAGCCCUGCCAGCCACCUAUGACCGCCUUUAACUGCAGCUGCCUCCGAAGUGCCCUUGGGGGCCAGCGCCAUCUGCCUGUAGGCCUCUGUGGAGGGAGCACCGGUGACGAAGGUCUUCCUGGGACACUUCAUUCGGACGCUACUGAACCUGGUGCUGGGAAUCUGCUAGAGGAGCUAGAAAAGAUGGAGGACUUUGCCCUGCAGAAGGGUCACGCAGGGGGACGCAGGGGUGGGACUAGGACAAAGAGAAACAAUAUGGCCUUGAAGGAGGGGCACGUGGGGACCUUUACAGAAGGAGAGGGGAGCAGGCCCGGUGAGGGACGAUGCCAGGGGGCGGGGCCUUCCCAUCUACCCGGAAGCACCUUCAGCACCCCCAGGGCUUCCCCCAGGCAGCAGGCCUCCCUCUUCCUUGCAAAGCGGCAGUCAGAACUCAGGGCUGCUGCUGUGGGGCGCCGCGUGCCCAUGAAUGUGCAGGGGACAAACCGGAAAGGCUCCCGGGUCGUCUUCUUCCACAGCACCCUGCUCCCUGCUGGGUCUGCAGUCUGCACACCUCACCCGGAAGUCAUCUCUGCUUCCAGCUCCUUCAGUUCUGAGCUCACGGCCGGGGCCUUGCCUUUUAUUUUUCUCUCCUCCCCUGGACCUAACCCAGGGUGAGGGGAGUCAGCACUCAUUUGUUCUGAGGGGAAAAACUGAACCUUGUUUUGGGCUCCACAGCUGCUGGGUGAUGCCAAUGUCCUGGGGGUGUCCCUCCAGCCUGCCCUUCCUGUACUUCCCGGAGCCCCACCCUGUCUGACCUGCUCUGGACCAUUACGUGCCGCUUGUGGAACAGGGAGCCCAGUGGGUGGAGCUGCUCCUGAGCUCUGUCCAGUCCCUGAGGGCAGGACCUCAGCAGCCAUCAGAGGUGUACAGCAAGCCAUCCAGUGUGGAGACCCCAGGCAGGAAGCAGAGUAGGGCGGACUUCUGCUUCCCCCUCCAUCUCGAGUCCUCUCCUUCUGAACCUCCCUCCUCCCGGCACAUCAGGAAGAAUCCUACCUGUGACCCUGGCCCAGGCCCUGCUCCCCAGUUCUCUCCUGAGACCCCCACUCCGUGGCCCCUCUGGCCUCACUCCUUCCUGCUCUUGUGAAUGUAGCCCCUGCCCCGCUCUCCCUCCCUGUCUCUCCGUCUAGUGCAGGCUCCUGAGGUGACCUCCUGGGAUCUACAGGGAUGUUCCUUGUGUUAUUCUUGUCUCCUGUCCAUCUCGCAUGUGAGUAAAGUGGU